AUGAAUUUUUUUGGGUAUGAUGUGAAUAGGCUGGAGGGGAAAGUAGCAUUGAUAACCGGAGCAGCAAGUGGUAUUGGAGAGUGUACUGCGAAACUCUUUGCUGAACAUGGGGCAAAAAUCGUCAUUGCGGACAUCCAAGACGAACUCGGUCAAGCGGUUUGUGAGGCCAUUGGCUCAUCAAACUCCAUGUAUGUUCAUUGUGAUGUCACCUGUGAAGAAGAUGUAAAAAAUGCGAUAGAUAUUGCAGUUGCCAUGUACGGGAAGCUUGACAUAAUGUUCAAUAAUGCAGGGAUAACGGACCCUAACAAGGUACGUCUCAUCGACAAUGAAAAAACAGACUUUGAGCAUGUGCUAAAUGUGAAUGUCACUGGCGUCUUUUUGGGUAUGAAGCAUGCUGCUAGGGUUAUGAUUCCAGCACGAAAUGGCUCAAUAAUAUCAACCGCCAGCGUUUGUUCAAACAUUGGUGGGGUGAGCACACAUGCUUACACUUGCGCUAAACAUGCCAUAGUCGGUUUGACCAAGAAUAUAGCAGUGGAGCUUGGACAAUUUGGCAUCAGAGUUAAUUGUGUGUCACCUUACGGAAUGGCUACACCAAUGGCGACAUAUUUCACUGGGCUCGAAGGGGAAGCUAUUGAGAACAUGGUGAACUUACUUGGCAACCUUAAAGGUGUGACACUUAAAACAGAUGAUGUUGCUAAAGCUGCCCUUUUUUUGGUGAGCGAUGAGGCUCGAUACAUUAGCGGGCAUAACAUGCUUAUUGAUGGUGGGUUCAGCAUCGUUAAUCCAUCAUUCGGCAUGUUUAAAUAUCCAGAGAAUUCUUAAA